CGGUGGUGGUGGUGGUGGUGGUGGUGGUGGUGGUGGUAGUGGUGUGGUGUGGUAUGGUGGUGGUGGAAAUGGUGGUGGUGAGCGAGCAACUGCGCAGAUCCCGAAGUCUCUCAGCCGCGAGUACGUAGGCAAACUCCGAUUCAGUGAGGACUGACUGUUCCCGUUUGCAGUGCAGCUCGAAAUCUCAGGGAGAAACCGCGGUCUUUCGUCCUCUCUUUUUCCUUCUCUUUCUCUUUCUGUCUCUGUCUUCCUGUCUUUCUCUUUUUCUCUAUCUAUCUAUCUUUGUUCUCUGUCUGUCCGUCCUACUCUAGCCAUCCACUUUGCUUCUCCCGUGUCUUUUGUUGUUAGUUUCUCUCACCGCGGCAAAGUACGUGCUUAACUUUUUCCGUUCGACCGACCGUCUGUCUAUCUCUGACACGAAGUUCGUGCACGAACCACUGUUUCGAUUCUUUUCGAAGCCAGUCUACACGCUAGCUCGCUUGCGGACCGAUGUACUACACGAACGAGUGGGGCUCGUGUCUCGCGCAAAUUCCGGCUGUUCCCCAUGGCUAGUCACGUGGCUGGCCAGUGAUUCGAAAUCUGGUUGGCUUCGUUUCGCCGUACAGUGCGUUCCGGAUGAAAGGUGCGUGUGCCAGUUGAUCAAGGCUCGCUCAACCGUUCGACUUCACUCGUACGGGACGGAAUCCAGAGUCCCGAGAACGUGUGUGCGAAAUCGACGGUGGACCGCAGGUCGAUGUGCACAACUCUGGGGAGACGUACUGAAACUCCACGUCUGUCUGUGGCAGUUCCAGCGAAGGAGGAGUUCAUAUGGAAUGGCAUCGCGUGGACCCUCGGCGACGACGACGGUGGCAAUCGCGAUAGCGAUGGCCGUCGCGAUGUCAGUGAUGACGGCGAGCGGCCUUUGCCCGACCCAGUGCCGUUGCGACGACGAGAGCUUGCGCGCCUCCUGCGCUUACGCCGGCCUCGAGGUCGUCCCGAUCCAAUUGAACCCGGAGAUCACCCACUUGGAUCUGUCCAACAAUCGCGUGGCCAAUAUCCACCUGUCGUUCAGCUUCUACGGUAACCUGGUGGCCCUCGAUCUAACGUCGAACGCGAUCCACACGCUGGGCUCGGACAAUUUCGUCUUCCAAAAGAACUUGGCCACGUUGAACGUGAGCGGGAACAUGAUAAGAAACUUGACCAAGAACUCGUUACAAGGAUUGGCCUCGUUGAAAGAGUUGAACCUCGCAGGCAACAAUAUAUCCGACAUGGACGAGCAAGCGUUCAAAACCACGAGCGAGUUGGAGACGUUGAAUCUUAGCGACAACUCGAUCACCAGUUUGCCGGAGGGACUGUUGAAGAAUCUCCACAAAAUCCGCGCCUUGAUCCUCAAGGGCAACUCGCUGCUAGAGAUCCCCACCGAAAAUUUGGCCCUGGCCCCAAGCCUGGAGAACGUGGAUCUGUCCGACAAUCUGAUCCAGGAGCUCGACAGGGACUCGUUGCCCUCGUUGCCCUCCUUAGUUUCCUUGGAUCUUGCGAACAACGUUAUCAGGAAUAUCGGUGACGACGCUUUCGANCCGGACCUCCUUCACCUAGAUCUGUCCGGGAACAAUCUCACGUCCGUGCCGACACCCGCUCUUGCCAGGCUCAACGUCCUCUCCGACCUGAUACUGAGUCGCAACCCGUUGGCAGCGUUGGACGCGGCCGGAUUCCGCAAUCUCUACGAGUUGAGAAGCCUCGAGUUGAACGAUUGCACCAUCAUUAGCGUGCACGCGCGCGCCUUCGCCGACAACGUGAACCUGGAACGGAUCUCGUUGGACGGUAAUCGGGGUCUGAAGGAGCUACCCGCGAGGGUGUUGUACAGCGCGAGGUACCUGAAAUGGGUCUCGCUACGCCNUCGCACCGGUGGCAGGCAGACGGAGGCAGAGGGUGUGUACGCGGUCGCCGACGUGACCGAUCUCCACGGCGACGAGCCACCGGAAGCGCUGUCCCUGUAUAGGAUGCAGAACGUUGUUCCAACCGCGCCGACGACAACCAACGUCCGUCGUACCCUCGACUACGCUUACGACUACGAUUACGACUACGAGCCACCGCUCCCGCAGAAGCCUCACGUGGUGUUCGUUUGAGGGAAAC